GAUGGUAUUGUCUCCAAAGAGCGCGUGGUCUUUGAAAAGAACUAUGUGCUCUCUCUUCAUUUUUCUUCGCCAGGAGAAAAGCUUAAUUUGCGGGAUAAUUUAGCAGGAUACUCACAGACUUUGGCUGAACACCUGGAACCGCUUUCACGUCUUUUAACAGACACAGAAUACUUGAAAUUGGUGGCAGGGAAUGAAAGAAGCCAAGAAAGGAAGAUGGAUGGUUCAGAAAGGCCAGAGAAACGAAGGAAGCUUGAUGAGGUCCAAGAAGUGUCUGAAACCAAAUGUGGCGAAUCCCUCCAAGCGCCUUCGCCACAGAUGACUCUGGGAGAACGCAAAAGAAAGGGACCUAGGGUGCUGGUAAACAAACUGAACGUCAAUCAUGACAUCAUCGAGAGAUUGCGACGGAUCACGAAAAUGUGUGGAAAAGAGAUGGCGGCUGGAAAAACGCAAAGUCAAACUGCUGAGAUGUCCGAAGCUGGCGGAUCAAAUCCAGCAGAAAACAAAAAGGAGAUAACAAAUGGCUCUCACAGUGUCAAAGAAGAAGAGAAAAGAGCGCUGCAAGAAGGAAGUACAGAACCAUCAAAACAUUCAACACCAAGUGUGACGCUAAUUCAAAAUGGUGUGAAACACGACGAAACAGUAUUGACUGAGAGUGGGACACAUAAAUCAGAGGGUGACGACAACGAAAUGAAGCCUCAGACAACCGCUGAUGUUAACAUCUUUAGAGAGGUGCUGAAAGAAGUAAUCGAGCAGCGUACCAAGAUUAUUGAGGAAGCCGUAGCAGAGGAUUCAAUUAAACUUCAAAAUCGCAUACGGGAGUUGGAAAGAGAAAACAGGGAACUGCAAUGGAACGCUAGAAAGCUGUUUAAUGCUUUUCGACAAUUUCUUAUCGCAAAUGAAAAGAGAAAACAAUCAAAGAUAUCCCAGAGUGUUCAAGUUAACAUUGAUUCGAGUCUUGGACGUGAAGUUCCUGCAAGUCCUGUUACACCGGUGCCUCAAACUACUUCUUUUACAAAACCCACUGGUCUAGUAUCUACUGCUGCAGGAAUGGCUCAAGCCAUUUCUCUCACAAAACCUGAUGGCCUGGUAUUCACUGCUGAACGAAUGGCUCAAACUACUUCUAUCACAAAACCUGUUGGUCUGGUAUCCAUGGCUAGACGAAUAGCUCAAACUACUUCUGUCACAAACCCUGCUGGCCCGGUAUCCAAUGCUGCACGAAUGGCUCAAAUUGCGUCCGUCACAAAACCUGUUGGUCUGGUAUCAAAUGUAGGAGGAAUGGCUCAAACUACUUCUGUUACAAAACCUGUUGGCCCGGUAUCCAAUGCUGAACGAAUGGCUCAAAUUACGUCUGUCCCAAAACCCGUUGGUCUGGUAUCAUCUGCUGGAGGGAUGGCUCAAACUACUUCUGUCACACAACCUGCUGGUCUGGUAUCAUCUGCUGGAGGAAUGGCUCAAACUACGUCUGUCACAAAACCUACUGGCCCGGUAUCCCCUGCGAGUGGAAUGCCUAGCUCUGGUCCGUCAAUAACACCUCGCCCAACUUCCCUUGCAACAAUUGUUAUCUCGGGAUCGGAUCCAGGAUUGACUCAAAAAUCGACUGUUCAACGAUAUUCUGUUCAAGUGGCUUCAAAUGCUAAUUCUCAUUCACAGCGCAAGUCAACAGAACCACUCACGUCUACAGCUGUUGUCUACACGGUGAAACCCAGGCUUGCAGAACUAACAGUGCAGCACGAUGCAAAUGAAAAACAAAACUUUUUCCAAGCCUCCAGUUCUGAUGUAAUAGUCAGUAAGGCAACGUAUCUACAAACGAGAAAUGGACGAUCUCUAGAAACGCCAGUCUCCAAAACAUUUCAUCAGCCUCGACCACUUGAGCCGAGGAGUGCUGCUUCCGACUUACCACUUAAAACUAUAUCUCUUUCCCAAACAGACUCGAGGCUAGAAAUGAUACGUCAAAAGCAGCAAACACUACUACAGCAAAGGGAACUUCUGCGGCAGCAGGAGCAGCAACAACAACGUUUACCUGGCACUUCGGUUUCACCUGCACAACAUUCAACCGAAACAACAGCUUCACUUUUACAGCAGUUGCAGCGACAGCAACAACUUCAACAACAGCAGCAUUACCAUAGAGUGGUACACCAAGAACAAAAAUCACAAGUCCGACAUCUGUCAACCCCACCAGGUCAGGAGAGUCAACCGGAGCAAUACCGCAGACAAUUAGAAACACCCAUUUCGUCAAUCUCUGCAAUGGUCCAACAACAAAAGCCACAAUCCAAAGCAGUGGAAUCUUCUUCGAUUUUGUUGCAGGAAAAGCAGCAAUUAAUUCGUUCUCCAAUCCUAUCAACACCACAGCAAAGUAAUCAUUCAUCGAGUAAUCAAGAAACCCAAGGCUCCAUCUACUCUUUCGUUCAAAAACAAUCUCAACCCAGCACUGCUUCAAAUCUUCCUACGUCUUCAAUCACUUUUAAUGCAACGCAUCUUGACAAUGUUUUGAAUCGUGUUGAAAGACCGCUAAUGAGUUCUGCCGGCAAGAGUCAAAUACCUGUCGUACCUUCAGGACAAGUGCAAGAGUCCCAAUCUACCUUCCUUAAACAAACAUCUGUUAGUAAUCAAAGAUCAAACUUGCUGAAUUCAAACACUAUAGUCCAGGAUCAUAUAAAUAAGAUUGUAAAUCAUCCCUACAGCGGACGACUCGGAUCACUCGGCAAAGCUACUGCAACAGAAAUGAAAGAAAUCCCAAGUACUGGAGGACAACAUAGCGCCACCUUACAACGCCAUGAGAGUGCCUUACGUCGUUCGUCAUUGUCCCAAGAUGUCGCAACAGUGCAGUUUAGAAAAUCGUUUCCUCGAGAAACGUUUAGCCCACGAACUGCACUGGCCACAAAUCAAAGAGACAAUUCUCGACCACCACCAGAACGUUUGCAACAGCGAGCACAUGUACAAAAUCCAAACAGUCAAAUGCAUCCUCAGCAUGAUCAUACAGGCAGACAACCACAAACGUCUUUAAACAAUACGCACAGCACGUUUGUAAUAGCAGGAGAAAACGCUAGUAACGUGAAAGAUUCGCAGUUAUCUAAAGAGGCUUCUUCUACGUUGUCGACUGUGGUGGCCUCAACCUACAGACGACUUGAACCAAAACUCCAAGACAAGCAACAGAGCAUUUUAGUUCCUGCUCGCAAAAAGCAUACUAAUGAGGAACUUCUCCCUUCAGGUUACAGAUUCUCACUUCCAUCCCCUGAGUAUCUCCUUCAGCGACAGAAGUUACAGCAGCAGUCUACAAGCCAAUCCUUUCAAACUUCGACAGAGAGAGUCACGGUUUCUUCGGGACACACUUCUGAACAAUCGAGGAUGGUAUAUACGAUGCAGUCCCCCGAAAAGGGAAUGGUGACCACCCCUUCGCAACGGCGCUUCCAGAACGCACGAAACGCCCUUCCUCCAUCUGGUCAUCGUCCAUCGUUGGAAAAUUGGCCGCCCAAGUCAAAGCAGCAGGAGUUGCAAGUACAACAAAUUAGGCAAACACCGCAAUUGCAAUCCCGUUCAAAUCAGGUGCAGCGGCCGCUUCAAGGACAACAGCAAGUGAAUGCAGCGCCAGUGACAAAUGAAAGUGGAAAUCAUCUUAUUAACCUGCAGUCUCUUUACAGGAAACCAAUCCAAUCCCCGGGAAUCUCUUCCAGCGAUCCUCGCAGUGAAAAACAUUCCCUGGAUACUGAAAGGACAAGUUCAUCAACGGCUACGGCAAGCAAUAUUUCAAAUGACAAAAGAGAUGCACGUAAACCACUUCCUAAGCCGUCAGCGUCAAUCGCUGUGAUGGACAGAGGUAUCGUUCUUUCUUGGAACAUGGAGCAUGACGAUGCCGUUAUUAAAAUCGAUAAUUACGAGCUGUUUGCCUGUCAGGAUGUCACCGAAAACAAAGAGCAGCCAAUCAAGUGGAAGAAGAUAGGUAUUGUAAAAGCUCUUCCUCUUCCUAUGGCGUGUACACUGACCCAGUUCUCUUCGGGAAGCAAGUAUUUCUUUUCUGUCCGUGCUGUUGACGAACAAGAGCGAGCCGGUCCUUUUAGUGAUCCGUGCACCGUUGCAUUAACUCCUUCAUGAUAAUCACUUCCAUCUACUAUUUACAAAUUUGGUACGAAAACUUAACACUGCGUAAUGAAACAUCACCUAACCCAUCUGACACAUCUUAAACGUCAUUUUUUUUCUCGAGACGAUGAUAUUUGAAUGAAGUAUGAACUUCUCUUUUGCCAAUGAUAUUGACACUUUCUUGGCCGAAACUUUCCCCAGCUUGAUUCGACGAAUUGUCGAACCGUGUCAUUUCCCCUCAUAUCUUGAGUAAUAUUCCGUCCAUCUGGUUUCCACCAGGGAAACCGGGUUGUUGCCAGUAAUAUGAUCUGAACAAAAAUCGCAGGCGGAGUAGUUCAUAACGCUGGAAAACGGUUCAAAAAAAGUGCCAAUUUCAUUGUUGGAAGAUCGUUCUAUUUUGGCCUUGGACCGACCUCUAUGCCACGAUCUUCAUUUUACCAAACUUUUAAUUCCCUUUUGUAGCUUCUGUUUUCGUCAUCUCUCUAUUUUGCAAUUUCUGUAGACUUGUACUUAUUGUUAAUUAAUUAAUUAUUUAUUUAUUUAUUUUCUGGCCCUAAAAUUACACCGUGCACGGUGGUAUUCAAGUGGUUAAGAACAAGUUGGAAUAUUCCAAAAUGAUCUCGAGUACCUUAAAUCCUGUACUCUUGUAACUAGAAUUUCGAAGAUAUCCGCUAUGUAUUUGUCUCUUCUUUAUCUGUUCAUGGCUGUCGUUAGAAAAAGGCCAACAAUAGCAUAGAGGCGCAAACAUCACAUGUUAUAAGUAGUAGUGAUUUUAUAGCACUAUGCACUUGUAAUAUUUGAAGAACGUCUUUUGUUGAAUUGAAUCUUGAAAUCUUGUUUUACGCUUAAUUCUGUUAGCUAUCGGUUACGACAAUCAUUAUUGUGUUGCUGUAGGUCGGUAACACUUGAACUGAAGAGUAAGUCGUAGGUUUUAUAUUUACAUUAUAUAUUAGUAUUUAUUGAACAGAUUUACUACAGUGCAUUUAUUUAUGAAAAUCAUAAAAUUAAACGGAAAAAGAAACUG